AUGACUGGUGCCCCCGACAUCGACCCACUCACUCUUGCUCUCCAACCACCAGCAAACGAAACCCCUCAGGAGAGAGAGUCCCGAUUACUCCUAGAGCGUGAGGCAAAGAAACGGUCCGAUCUCAUCGACCAAGAACUCAACCGUCAACGCAAUGCUGAGAAAAAGGCAGCCAAGCCCGUCAAAAUACUCCUUCUCGGCCAGAGCGAAUCUGGCAAGAGCACGACACUCAAAAACUUUCAACUUAUCAACUCUCCAAAAGCAUUCAAGGCCGAGCUUGGCUCGUGGCGUGCAGUUGUCCACCUGAAUGUUGUUCGCUCGAUACGCCUCAUUCUCAAUGCGCUUGCCGAAGCCGAAAUUGCAGCUACGACUACUCCUGGCCCCGAUGAUCCCGUAUACCCCGCUCUGACAUCAGAACUCCGUGCUCUCAAAAUGCGUUUGCUCCCCCUCCAGCAAGUGGAGGCAGCCCUCCUCGGAAAAUUAACGCCAGGGUCCAAACCGCGCUCAACAGAGUCAUCGGAUGAUCAACAGUCGUCUGCGGAGGUUUCUGUGCACUCAACAGCACCUUGGAAGAAUGCAUUUAGCCGAUUGAUGAACAAUGUGCGAAGCAGCGUCGAUGGGCCAGAAACAAACGAGCCCCAAGACUCAAAAGAGGCCAGACAACUACUCCACGCCUGCUCAGAGGAUAUGAUUCGUCUGUGGAACGACCCCCUGGUUAAGGAGGUGCUGGAGGUGCAUAGGCUCAGACUGCAGGACAUGGCCGUGAGUUACGCAUCUCGCCUAACAUGUUCCGUGUCUAACUGUUUAGUAGGGCUUGUAAGUUUCCUUGACUCUAUUGAGCGCGUCACCGACCUCUCGUACCAACCGACCGAUGACGACAUUCUGAAGGCUAGAUUAAAGACCCUGGGUGUAUCGGAGCACCACUUCACUCUGAAGGCUGGCAACAUGGUUCCUCAAGGCUGGGUUGUGUUCGAUGUGGGAGGAGCUCGAUCUCUUCGAGCGGCAUGGGUCCCUUACUUUGAUGAUAUGGAUGCCAUCAUCUUUCUCGCACCUCUGAGCUGCUUCGACCAGGUUUUAGCGGAGGAUGAAAGCGUCAACCGACUGGAAGACUCCAUCCUUUUGUGGAAGAUGAUCGUCUCCAGCCCACUGCUUAAAAACACAAGUCUUAUCUUGUUCUUGAACAAUUAUUCAUCAACUGACCAUUCCAAAGGCAAAACUAGAAUCUGGACAAAAGUUCGCGGAAUACGUGGUGUCCUAUGGCGACCGUCCGAACGAUUUCGAACACACCUCUCAAUGUCAUCAUUCCUCUGCUCUCUUUCGAAACUCCCAACUGACGAGCUGGCAGACAUGAAAAAGAAAUUCACCAUGAUUGCGAAGCAAUUUUCGCAGGAGGCGCGCGGUUUCUACACCUACUUUACCUCGGUGACCGACUCGCAAGCGACAUCGGACAUACUUGGAAGUGUUCGGGACAUGCUCGUGCGGCAGAAUCUCAGUCGGAGUCGAUUAGUGUGA